UAUGCAGACGUUUGGAUUGCUCUCGGCUUUAUUGUGUAGGCAUCACUGUAAUGACAGCGCGUCCACAUCUUUAUGAGCCAUGCUUAAACUGAACAUUGUACCUGCUGCAUUAUGAUAUUAAUGGCAGCUUUGCAUCCUCUUAGCGAUCUCGGUGUUCUGUUAAAAAAAUACAACGGCAUAUGAACUGAGACAACACUUCUCUAAGUCAAAACGAUGUCAUUCUAUUACCUCAGCUUACUGUUUUGUUUCUUAAUUUGUACACUUUGCGUACAGAAUUUGCUCUCUGAUUAAGAAUUAAAACCUUCUCAAUUUGUCUAAGUCUACUUAUGUCCUUCUUAGGUCUUCACCAAGGUUCCUUGGACUUUCCCGUUGUUCUCAGUAUUGGUCAGUCCAUUGAGUUCUGUCAAAUAAAUGAUUUUUCUGUAGUCAAUCAUGAUCACUAAGGAGAAGUAACUAGGCCUUGGCCUUGUCAAGUUAAGGCAUUGCAAAACCUAAAGCACCACUUAUUAGAAGGCUUAAGUAAGCAUGUUUGAGCCUGCAUGUAUAUUUUUUGAACCUGGGUGGAAUAGGGAAAAUCCAAACUAAAUUCAAACUUGUGCAUCCAACUCUUGCUACCCCUCAGCCAUAAAAGGCUGAUGGUGAAUUGUGGUGAUGUGUUGUUCAGUGGUUGCAUGUGUUAGCACUGAUGCCAAAAAGCUUGACCCAACAAUUACCACAGUUCAUCCACCAAUGAGUCACCGAUGCAACCCGUGGAUUCAGUCUGUUAUGACUAUUGAAUGUUCGGUUCGCAAACCAGUCAUGAUAUGUGCUGUUCGCAAAAAGCACCAAGACAAAACCAACACAGUGUCAGAGUAGAGGAGGUAAGAGUUAGCACAGGUGGGAAAGGAAGAGGGUGAAAUCUGAAGAAAAUGUUGGCUUAAACCAUUAAAUGUGUAACACUGCAGUUUUUAUAUUUUCUUAUUUUGAAGGCAGAAUAAUACACAUUUUAUUGCUUUUGCUUUGACAGACAUAGUCUUGUCUAAGUCUUGAACUGAAAGCUAUUUUUGUGGUCUUAAUUGUAUUUUUCUUUUAGUCGAUGACUAGGCUUACUCUACAUCCGUGAAACUGACCGAUAAUGUCUAAGCAUGAGACCUGAAACGAGUAUAAUUCUUAUUACCACCAUAUUGGUGCGUAUGUACAUGUCAGCACUCACUGUAACACUGCCAGCACACCAUGCUAACAAACACAUGUUGUGUCAGUGCCUCUGAUGAGCUAAUCUAGUGGUCAGCGUGGUGACAGGAGGAACCCCGGCUGAGAGAUGGCCUUCUUCAAGAGUUUCCAGCAGAACCUCCCAUCUGUCAACAUUUCCUCCAUCUUGGACUCAGUCACCAGUCGUGUGGACGAUCUCGCCAACGCCGUCAGCGAUGUCACCUACGCUGUCAGCGACCAGCUGACCGAACAGGUCACUACUAUCAUCGACAAGGUGCAGGAAAAGGAAGAUGGAGAAAAUGGCAGCCAGGAAUCGGGUCAGAAUUCCACCCUGCAAGAAGGAAAGUCCGGCAGUAAAAGCAUGUGGCAAAUGCCCAGAGACUCAGAGGGGGGGAACACAGGCUCAAAGAACAGCCAAACUAGUGAUGCAAUCGAGGCAGAGAACACUCAGAGCCAGCUGGAGUGGGAGUGGAGGGACGGAUGUUGGCGAGUUAAAAAGACAGAAGCCGAGUUAGCAGAGGAAGAGAGGAGAAAGAAAGAGGAGAAGGAGCUACAGGAGAGGAGAGAACAGAGGAGAAGAGAAAGGAGACAGAAGCAGCUGGAGAAAGAAGCCAAGUCUCCGAGAAAUGAAGAAGACUCUCAAGAGGGAAGGCAAGAGGAGAAGGCUGAUGAUUUAGAAAACACAGAAAAGAAGUCAAAUGACCAAUCAGCUGUUCAGCAAAAAAGUGGUGACAAUGAUAAAACUCCUCAUUCACCUAGUUGUGAGAGUGAAAGCAGGGUGUCAAAGCCGGAAGAACAAAAAGAUCAUGAGGAGGAGGGAGAGAAGGUAGAGGACGGCACUGAGCGAGAGGGAGACGAUGAGGAAGAAUCUGAGCUUUCUAGAUCGUCUUCCAGAGUGAAAACGUCGGAUAAGAAAAAGGGAAAAGUCGCAAAAGAGGGUUCGAAAAAAACUGAAAAGGCUUCAGAUGUGGAGAAAAAGAGGGACAAAGGCAAGAAGAGCAAAAAGGGGGAAAAGAAAGGAAACCAAGAGGGAGUUUUAUCAGACAGUGAGGAGGACAGAGUUCCAGAGGGCGAGGCCCAGCAGAACACAACCUCUGCAUGGAGCAGCACACGCAAACCGUCAUCUGAGCACGGAGGAUACAGCAGCGAGGCCUCCAGUGAACAGGCCAGCAGCAUCCAGAGGAUAAAGAAAGAUUCCUCGCUCGGUGAACCUCAGCCUCCUCCGUACCAAGAUGAGGGCUCAGGGGCCUGCGUGGGUUCUCGAUCCCGCUCAGAGCGAGGGGUCAGGAGAGCGCCGUCCCCACAGCGCUGUGACAGCCACCACUGCUCCAGUGAGGCCAGCGGGGACCAGGACACAGAGAGUUACCUCAACAAAGCCUGUGAUGAGGACAUACCCAGUGACAGCACUGCUGUUCUAGGGCCAGAGGAUGGUUCUGGUCCUCCGCUUCCCACUGCCUACGAGCCAGAGCCCCUCGCCAAAUACGGCACCCUGGAUGUCGCCUUUGAGUACGAUUCCAGUGAGCAGUGGCUGGCCGUCACUGUCACAGCUGCAACUGACAUUCCUGCUCUCAAACAGACCGGCAACAUCUCGUGGCAGGUCCACUUGGUCCUGCUGCCCACCAAGAAGCAACGUGCUAAGACCGGCGUUCAGAAGGGCCCCUGUCCGGUCUUCACAGAAACAUUCAAGUUUUCCAGGGUGGAGCAGGAGGCCCUGGGAGACUAUGCUGUUCGCUUCCGCCUGUACAGCAUCAGACGGAUGAAAAAAGAGAAGGUCCUGGGAGAGAAGGUGUUCUACCUGACGAAGCUCAACCUGCAGGGCAAAAUUGCUCUACCUGUCACCCUGGAGCCUGGCUCUGAACUUACAGGUUGUGGCUCUGUGGUGAGCGUGUCUCGCAGUGCGGGGGCUCUGUCCUAUCGCUCCACUGAAGACUCAUCCACACCCGAGAUCCUCCUGGGUCUCAUCUACAACUCUGCCACAGGGCAGCUCUCAGCUGAGGUAAUCAAGGGAAAUCACUUCAAAACUACAGCAUCUGAUAAACCCGUCAAUGGUCUGUUUUGUUGUGUAAAACACUUCGUAGGGGGACAGCUUUAUAUCAUGAGAGACACCUAUGUGAAGCUGACCAUGCUGGACUCAAAGGGAAAGGAGAUGUCCAAGUGUAAGACGGCCGUUUGCCGUGGCCAGCCCAAUCCGAUCUACAAGGAGACAUUCGUGUUCCAGGUGGCGCUUUUCCAGCUGUCUGAGGUGUCACUGGUGGUGUCGGUGUUCUGCCGCCGGAGCAGCAUGAGGCCCAGGGAGAGGCUGGGCUGGGUCUCCCUGGGCCUCAACAGCACCAGCGAGGAGCAGCAGGCCCACUGGACAGAGAUGAAGGAGGCAGAGGGACAGCAGGUCUGCCACUGGCACACCCUCACCGACACAUAGGAGGACGAUUUUCCAAGACCGAACUUCCAGAAAGAGCAUUCCCUCUACAUUUUCGGAGCGCAAGAAAACUCCCUGUGGGAUGUGUGUUGUGUGUGUUGCAUAGAGGUGUGAGAGGUGAGCAUGGGUUCCCAGUCUUAACUGCCAGACUGCAUGAAUACCCUUUAAUCUGCCACCUUUCUCUGAGACAGAUGGGCUGACUCCUGCUUCCGCCUUGUUUACAGGACCAUGUUAAGACACUUCCAGACAUUUUUCCGCCUCUGAAUCUUGGACCAAAGAGCUCGGUCCAGUACUAGCAGGCUCCUUCCUUCUUUCCUUUUCUGGAUUUCAGCUGCCACCAGCAUACCAGACAUUACUCAAUCAGUCGUAGCCACCGACAAAAGACAAUGAAUGAAGAAGACUGUUACAAAGGGCCUAUAACAUGCUGCAGCUAUACUUACAAGCUAUGCUUUAUACAGUUUGUUUACACGCACAUGACAUUAUGCAAGAUCCAUUCAUUGGGUUUUCCUUUUAGGUUCUUGGGUUAUUCUUCCUAGUCUACCAGUUUUAUGGUCGUUUCUGUGGGCUGUGCGUUAAACAAAGACAGAUUUUCUUUUUUAUCUCGUGGUCUUGCAUAACUCAGUGCACUAUGCAUCUGACGCCACUUUAGACGAGAGGAAUGCAAUUCUUUCUUGUGCUUGCCGAGUCUCUUACAGAAUUGGACACAGCUCUGCAUGCCACCGGUAUCAAAGAGCAGCUUCCUUUCCUGUGUAAUGCAGAUCGAGCCUGUUUCACUAUUCAGCCUUCUAACAACUCAGCCAUGUUCAUUCAUGUAGAAACAUGGUGCUUCCCGCUGAGGAGGAAUAUGCAAAAGCCUGCACAGGCCAAGUAAACCUGGCCGUUUCUGCCUCGACUGUGUACGCUGUAACGUGAGUUUGAGUGGCGAAACAAAUCACAAGAAAGAGAUGAUCAUAUUUUCUCAUUUUCAUUAUUAAAUAAAGGCUAAAAUAAAACAGGGAAAAAAAUGUUGUUCAGAACUGAGAAAUCUUAUUAUCCAGCGAGGGGUUCAUCUGGAACAAAGGCCAUUUUAAACUCAUCUGAAAGAGCAGCUAUGAGUCAGAAAAUCCCCCGAUAAGAAUACUGAAGACUGCACAGCCACACCCUUGUAUUAGUGAAUGAAACCCUUUCCCCUGCUUCUGCUGGUUGAAACUGAGAGGCGUGGGGCGCAUUCUUCUUUCUCUGUCCCAGUGAUGUCAGAUUUGAACCCUUCUUCUCACUUAUGAAUACUGCAACCACGCCUCGUCCCUUUAGAGCUUCUGUUGGGACAAUUUCAAUUUAUAAGUUUUCAAAAAAGGUUUUUGCAGGUUUUAAUAAAAAACAGAUGUUAUCUAGAUUUUCUAAUAGAUGAUCAUUUUUUUCACAAUCAGGAAUAACAGAAAAUUUUUAGUUUGGUUUGUACUUAGUUUUAAAGUGCAGGUUGUGUUUAGCCAGCACUGAUAACCAUUGACACAAUAUCGGGGAACAGGCGUGUUCGCAUUCUUGGAGAGUUAGCUUUAAUGGCAAAUGUGCAGUCCGAGCCAGCUUAAUGUAGCCUAAAGACUGGAAAUGAAGGAAAACAUCCAGGGCUGCCAGGUCUGUGGUUUUCCUGCUUAAAUGAGCUGCUUUCGAAGUGUGGGAUAAAAUAUUAAUGGGCUGGCUGGAUAGAUGGAUCAUUAUGCAUUUCGUAUAAAAAUUACAUUUUAAAAAUAAUAACAAUAAAGUACCACAUUGUAAAAAUAUUGUUAAAAUAUUUACUUAGACAGACCCAGACUCCAGAUCAGCAUAUGGUGCUGUAAUGCUCUCCUCCUCCAAACACCUGCCUCUCAUUCUGAACUCUGGCCACUGAGUUAGUUUUGUGACACACACACACACACACACACAGCAGGCAGCCCUGGAAGUGGCUGUGACUAAAGAUAUGAAGGUCUGCCCAACAAAUCAAAUUUUUGUGCAGCAGGUUAUGAACAACUAGUAACUACAUGAUAUAUGUUUCAC